AUGAAGGUCCUUGUCAUCGGAGCGGGGUUAGGCGGACUCGCCUGUGCGAUCGCAUGCAAGCGGGAAGGCCUGGAAGUCGUGGUGCUCGAGAGGGCAAACCGCAUCGUGCCCAUUGGCGCUGGGAUCCAGGCACCGCCCAACGGGACAAGGAUUGCGCGGCAGCUGGGAUAUCUGGACAAGCUGCUGGAGAGGGGUGUCAUCGUUGACGAAAUGGAGCUGAGGCGGUAUGCGAACGGGAAGCAUCUGUUUUCGCUCUCUGCGAAAGAGUGUAUGGAACAGUAUGGAGACCUCUGGAUGGUUUGUCAUCGCGCUGAUUGUCAUGCGGCGUUGUGGGAGACGUGUAUGAGUCUUGGGGUGGAUCUUUGUCUGGACAUGGAUGUUGAGAGGAUUGAUUUCGAUACCAAUACGGUGUGGCUCGAGGAUGGAGAUGACAUUUCCGGGGACGUGAUCAUUGGCGCCGAUGGUCUGUACUCAAUAUGCCGCAAUCAGCUGCUUGGAACGGCAUCACCAGCAGUUGAGACGGGGGAUCUUGCGUACCGAGCGUCAUUUCCCGCAGAGCAGCUCAAGACACUCAACGACGGAGCCGUAGAUGAGCUGUGUUCUCGAAAGCAGGUGACAGUGUGGUUGGGACCCCAAAAGCAUACAGUGUUCUACCCUGUCAGGGGCGGGAAAGAAUUCAACUUGGUCUUGAUCAGACCCGACAACAUGGCGCCCGGAGAAAGGCACAUUGAGGGGGACGUUGGUGAGAUGAGACAGAGCUAUGAGGGUUGGGAUGAGACGUUGACCAAGCUGAUAUCUUGCAUACCAAGAGUUAAGAAAUGGAAGCUGUGCACGCAUCCUGAAUUGAAGACUUGGACAAAGGGCUGUGUCGCUCUGCUGGGAGACUCCUGUCAUCCGAGUCUUCCAUACCAGGCACAAGGGGCAGCCAUGGCUGUCGAAGACGGUGCAGUCCUUGGCAAGCUCUUGGGCUUGCUCAAUAACUCUUCGAAUGGAACCGCGCCGGCGGAGUUGAUUCCGGAGGUGCUCCAGCUCUAUGAGACACUGCGCAAGUCGCGGACGACCGUGAAUGUUCAAGGCGCAAGGUCGAACCAGAAGUGGUAUCAAAUACCGGACGGGCCCGAGCAGGAAGCGCGAGAUGCGGAGAUGGCAGGUGCCAAGUUAGCAGACGGGCUGUCACCCACGGGCUGGAGGUGGAUUGACCCGGAAUAUCAGAAAGAGCUGCUCGGUCAUGACGUCGUUGCUGAGGCUGUCAAGGCGUUUGGAGAGUGGAAGACGGCUAGAGCAUGA